CGUUUGACUCCUCCUCGCCUUGAGGUCGCAACAGUUUAAUAAUUGAAAUGCCUGAACGCGGAAAAGAGGACGGUUCGUGUCCUGGUUGCUCAUCAUAGCCUGUACUUCUUAACAUUUAUUUUAAUACUUGCUUUUUUAAUCAGUAUUGUUGUUAGUUUUUGGUUUUAAGAAUCCCUGCGCCAUCAUGAAUCCGCCCUGUGGAAGAUGCAAUAAACCAGUUUACCCAACAGAAAAAAUAAAUUGUCUUGAUAAGUAUUGGCACAAAGGUUGUUUCAGCUGCGAGGUCUGCAAGAUGGCCCUGAGCAUGACGACCUACAAAGGCUUUGAGAAGAAACCUUACUGCAGUAUGCAUUACCCCAAAACCUCCUUCACCAUUGUGGCCGACACCCCCGAGAAUCUGCGACUCAAGCAACAGAGCAUGCUCAACAGCCAGGCACUCUAUAAGGAGGACUUUGAAAAAAACAAGGGAAAAGGUUUCAGCGUGGUGGCUGACACUCCGGAAAUGCAGAGAGUGAAGAAGACUCAAGACCAGAUCAGUCACGCUCUUUACAAAGAGGACUUUGAAAAGAACAAGGGGAAAGGUUUCAGCGUGGUGGUCGACACUCCGGAGAUGCAGAGACUGAAGAAGACUCAAGACCAGAUCAGUAACAUAAAGUACCAUGAAGACUUUGAGAAGAGCAGGGUUCGAAGUGACGCACCUCCUCCUGAGAAUAGACAAGACUAUGAGGAACAACCCUGCAACCCUGAGAGAUUCACUCAGCCACCGGUCGGACAAACGUGUCCUGCUCCUGUAGCACCACCUAGUGGAGGGAAACGUUACCAGGCCGUGUACAGCUACACGGCAGCAGAGGCAGAUGAGGUUUCUCUGCAGGAAGGUGACCUGAUCUUAAACGUGGAGCAGAUAGACGAAGGGUGGAUGUUCGGAUGCAACCAGCGCACAGGGCAGCGGGGCAUGCUUCCUGCUAACUACGUUCGACCUAUGUGAAACUAACAGGCACCCUUCCGGCAUGAGCUGCCCGUUGUAUCUGCUGUGACCAUCAAAUAUCAGGCCAAAAUUUAAAAUCAAUUCUUUGAAAUUAAACAAGAAUCAACCCCAACCUGUUCUGCUUUGCAUUGUCAGAUUUUCAAUUGGAAAUAAAGUGAGAGUAGUGUCCGAUGGCGUCUCAGAAAAUGUGUUUAGGUAGAAUGAUAUUUCUCUUUAUGGAAAAACAGUGAUUGUAAAGUUUGAAGUAUCUGUAACUGAAACUCACAGAAGAGGAGAGGGGGAAUAUUCACAAAUUCUAAGAAAAAGAGUUAAAUAUAAUAUAGUAAACAAGAACUUCAAAAAGUAUAUUUUUCCCCUCAGGAAACACUUCCCUGUUUAUGUACACGUCCUUCAGCUUUAACGUGCAGAUUCAUUCAAUGUGUCAAGUCAUUAUGAAAUGUUCCGCAUUUAAACAACUGAUUCCGUUAUUUUCUAAAACUAAUUUUAACACUUUUCCGAUAUUUUGAGAAAGAAAAUAAUCAUCAUUUCGGCUGAUUUGAUUAAAAGUGGAAAAUUUAAUUUGUAUGUGAAAUCCCUUUUUUAAAAGACUAAAGAACAA